AGGUCAUACUCAUUUAUCAUCUCGACAGCUCUGUUUGCACUGAUCACUCUCCUGAAUGACAGUUGUCUUUGUGUGCAUUGCUAAUAAUUAAAUCUAUUUAAUGUGCAUAACAGGAGAAUCAAUUCUGUCAAAAAGAUACGUUUUAGCAUAAAAAUCUAUGUUUGUUUUUACUUAUUUGCCGCCAUUGUGACAAAUGAUGACGUCACUCAUUAGUAUUCCUCAACAUGUGGAGCUGAAUAACACGACCCUGUCAUUAUUGGAAUCGUUACCUAAGCCUAGAUGACUCUCUGUAUUAUGUUUACGUUUUCUUACCCAAACGGUUGGUUUGGGAUUCCGAGUGUCCAGGCAGUAUGAGGAGCAUCAACAUUGUAGAGUUCCUGUACCUCUUUUAUGGAGUGGAACUAUGUGAAUGAAGAACCAGAUGUAGAUUCACAUUGAAGAUGUUCUUGAAAGAAUAGUUUCUUAUGUGUUACAGAACAUUUAAGUGUCGUAAGAUGUGAAGGAUCAAACUUGAAACUAUGAAAUCAAAUAAUUUGUUUCGAGAUCAGGUGAACUCUGUGACUAAUUUGUUUGAGAAAUGGAGUGAGUGUGAACAGACAGUGGCUCUCUGUACUCUGUUCAAACAGAUCUCUCCUACACAAUGUCGCUUCCUUGCGCAAGUGUUGGACCAAACGGACUGCGCAGAUAUCGGCCAGACAGAAAAUGAGGCCAAUGAUCCAGUGUAUAUUCACAAGUUGGCCAACAAUGAUUCCAAGGAGUAUGCAAUUGCACAGCUUCUAGCACAUCUUCCCCUGCUUCGCACUGGAGAGAAUCAGGCCAAGGUGGAGUAUCUCUCUCUUAUCUCAUCCAUAUUGGGUUACACGAUACAAAACGGUACUCACAUUGAAGAAAGUCGACAAAUUAUUUCAUACUCAUUGAUGCAUCCUGCAAUUACUAGUGAUGAACGUUCAGAAUUCACCCUAUGGAUUGGGAAGCUGGAGGAACAGUUCACAUACAGUAUCCAUCCUCAACAAAAGAAGUCGGUGAAAGACGAGGAAAGUAUUAGUCAAUCUCUUGAGAAUUUGAACAUUAGUAACAAUGCCACACACAAACCAGUGGGCAGUGGGAGAACAAAUGGUUGGCACGUACACCCACCAGGAGAACCACUUAUUAUCAACACAAUGGACCCGAUGUCUGUCCCACCCAAUGGCCUCCUCAUUACUCAGCAAAAUCUCAUCAACCAGCGACAACACCAAGUACCCCCACCUCCACCACUAAACGGUAGCCAUGUCAGCUAUAAUCACACUGCCAACAAGUCACACCAUCUGCCACUCCAACCAACUAAGUCAGCUCCACCCAACUUUGUGUCAUCAGUGCCUUCUUCUCAAUCUUCAUUGAGCUCUGGCUCUGGUUCGCGAGUUCAUCAGCCAUUAGUGAGAACCCCAUCCGUUUCUGUGAUGCCUCCUUGCUCUAUCCCAGUGCCAAAUCACAUCAGCGACUGGUUACAGGCCAGUGAGGAUCAGUCCUCGCACUCCUCGUCUGAUAGAGGACGUUCACACUCCAUGACGUCGGACCAUGCUCCUCUGUCCCCACAGAGCAGUAUCACAUCCUCCAGCAGUAGUAGUGGAGAUACUCACCAGGAUGACGGUCCACAGCCAGUCAAAAACAGUUUUCUGGAGGAGGGGAGUGGCAUGAGGGACGUGCCAUUAUGGUUAAAAACACUGCGCCUUCAUAAAUAUGCCUAUAUCUUCCAACAAUUAACGUAUGAAGAAAUGAUGAACCUGACAGAGGAGUGGUUGGAAUCUCAGGUACAAUGGAAUGUAACAAAAGGUGCUAGAACAAAAAUUGUGCUCAGUCUGAACAAGCUUCGUGAAAGACAGUCUUUACUUCGCUCACUGGAAAAGGAGAUGAUGGAUGGAGGGUCAGUAAAAGCUGCUCUCACCGAGAUGAAGGUGAUCAUCAAUACACCAAUGAAGGCAUUCUCCCAGGAAACUGACCGUCUCCCAUCUUCGGGUUCAGAAGGGGGAGAUUAUUCUUAUAUUGCAGAAGGCGACUUGGUUGCACAGUUUACAAGGGUCAUGGGCAAAGUUUGUACACAGUUAUUGACGGCCAGCCGUCCGGAUGAUGAAUGUUUUAAUCUCUACCUCAGCCUCAUAGACAAGUGUAUCAAUCAUGAGGCCUUUACAUAUAGACAGAAAAAACUGCUGUCCACUUGGAAACAGGAAACACAGAGAAUAUAUCAGCCUCCACUCAAAUACAGUAUGGAUAGGAAACUGAAACCAGGAUGGGGUAAUACAUUUCCUCUUGGAGCCUCGUUGCGGGGCGGUCUGGCCCAGAAGGUCCCUCGACAGCCCCGUGCAGCUACACAGUGGAGUUUUGGAGCUAAGAGGUCGAUAGUGGGAGGUACUACCAGUGGUCACCUUCCAUUGACUCGCAACACCUCACUCAAUCCAGCACUCUUCUCCAGGCCAGGAUUCAUUGAGGGCAAGCAGCAGGUCACAAGAACCCACUCUGCUCCUUUGAGGUCUCCAAAUCUUGGCUUGGCUGUAUCAGAUUGCGAAUCUUCUGCAGACAGUGCAGAGAACUAUGCUCAAUUGGAUUCUUUGUGCAUGAGUGUAACAGAACAUGCUCUUGGAGGAUCAGAUUCUGGAGAUAAAGGUUCAGGAUUUUGAAAAUACUGAAGACAAGAGAGAACAGCAGGAAGAAAAGUACAGACAUAUGAUUUAGUUCUGGAUGAGUUGAUUUUGUGAGUUUAUGUUAAAAGUGUUUGUUUUAAAACAUACAUUAAAGGCUAUAUAUAUAGGGUCAAACCCAUCUAGACAAGAUUUAAUGUGUAUGGAUAUUUGUUUGGUCUGCAGUGGAGUGUCUCCGAGUACAUGUAUUUCUUCUGUAAGAUUGUGGCUAUCUUAACCAACCAUUAGUUUUAAUUGCCUUUGUUUUUCAUCUUUACCUUUUGUUUGUAAUUUACACUUUAUGAAUCCACACCAACACAUUUCCUACCACUAGUAUGGCCUGAUAGCCAUGUAUGUACCCGGACUAUUAUAAUCUUGUGAUUGUGGCGUGUUCAGUUUUCACUUAUAUUUUACGUUGUUAUUAUGGAUUUGUUGAUUUUUUUUUUUCUUCAUAUCAAGCUUUUUCAUAUUUUUCCAGACUCAGAUAUGUAUUGUUUAUUUAAUUUUAUAAAACAUAGAAUGUUUUGCUGUUUAAUUUUAGAUUUUAGUUGAAUGUAUAAAUAUUAGGGUUACAGCCGGAUCUGAUUACCUAUUUUGGUCAAGUAUAUGUAUAUUAAGUGUUUAUUAUUUAACAUUAAUGAGUUACCUGUGAUCAUUGCUUUUUUAUCUGUCUGUAUCAAAAAAAAAUUCACAUAGUGCCUUUUGUCAUAAAAGAUUUGAUGUUAACUAAAAGGUUCUGCCAAAAUCUAUGCAUGCACAAAUCAACCAAAUUGGUGCAGUAUUUCAUGGAUUACAAGUUGGCAUCCUUGAACAAAUGCAUCCAUUACUAGUGUCUAAGACACGUUUUAAUUACGUAUCAUUUUGAUGUGAAUGUAUAUAUUCCUGUGUGUACAGAAUUCAUCUUGAUGAACAUACAUAGUUAGUCCAAUGGAGAGAAAAUUUGUGCAUCUCAAAAUGUGUUUGUGUACAAGUGAGUGAAAAAUGAAAUAUUGUUGAUUUUGUCUGGAGUUAAGCUACCAUGGCCAGUAAUUUUAUAUCCUAUAAUGGUAUGCUGUCGUGUAGAAAUUGAAUUUCAGAAUGAUGAAGAUUUAGACAUUGUCAAACCCCGUAUUAUGCAACAUGGCACCUAAUAUUUGAUCAAAAUGUUAUGCAAAUAUGUUGGAAAAAAACAUAAUUUUAAAAAGCAAACACUGAGAUUUCUUUCUUGAUGUCUUCUUUCAAACUUCAAAAAAGAAUCUUCUGCAAUCCUCUGUGAUGUGGUUUCUCUUCAAAUUGCCCUACGUCUGUGGUCCAUCAAUCAUCCUCCCGUAAACAAUCAUUGUCCAUGCUGUUUCUUGAGAAAUACUGGGAGGAUUUUUUCUCAAACUUCACAAGGGGAACCAUCUUGGGUGUCCAUUCAAUUUUGAGUCUGAUUGGGAAAACUAAAUGGCCAACAGGCAGCCAUCUUGGAUUUUGGCAGUUGUAAUUUGUUAUUGAUACAUUUCAGAAAGUUCCUCUUAGAUCUUAGACUUCAUAUGUAGGUUUCCCAAGUUAUUAAAUGAUUGAGAGGUAGAAGGGUAAGAAGGGAAAAGUAGAGAAGAGAUCAGUCUUUCAUUGGACUGAUAAAGAUCAUUCAUUGGCGAGCACCAUAAUCCCUCUGGGAUCUCUUGUCUUUUCAUGUCCCUGAUACGGUCUGAAUCAUGUUAAAAAUCAUUAUGGUACAAGAUUUAACUCGAUUGAGGACAGGCUGGUACUGAACAUCUGGGAAACAUGUCUAUCAUUGUCGAGCAUCAGUGUUUGCUUCUAAAUUUUGUGUUAUUCCCCAUCAAGAAUUUGAGUCAUUUAGGGCCAACAGAUAUGUCAUUGUGCAAGGGAUAUUUUGUCGUGGUUUGUACAAAGAUGUAGGGGUUUUGUACAAGAGGUGUCAUAUAUGAAUUUAACAUCUUAAAUUAUGUGUUAAUUUGUAAAAGUGAUAGUGAGUGUUGAUUAUGUAAAUUGAUUGUGUAAAUCCCGAGAAGUGUGGUGUGACUGGCGCCAUUGUUUGUUCGAGAUAUAUCAGACAAUUUAUCAUGUCUGUGGUAUGUGUUUGAGAUGUGUGACGUUAAAGGUGUUUGACCGAUGAUCAGUAUCAUUAUGUAUAUAAUAAUUGUCAGUAACACAGGCAGUGAUCCAGGUAGCCAAUGUCAUGCUCAUUGUUCUAAAGGAACAGAUGUCUGAUUCCUUGGUCAUCUUUUAAUUUGUCUUGUGCCAUUGUCAAUGCUAGAAAAAGUGCCGUCAUUGUCAUGUUCAAAAGUGUUUUAUGUUAAGGUAUCUCUGCCGGUACAGAGACCAAACAACCAUUAGCCUUGAUGUGCGUUUAUCACUAUUUUAUAGAAAUAUGUGGCUAUUGCUGGUUGUAACUAUCGCACUCAUAGUAAUUAUAUCCCAUAUAUAGAUUUUAGCAGAAAUAUGUUGUUACAGAGGAUGUACAUUUCAUUAAGAGAUAUUCUAUAACACCAGUGGUAAUGUUGUGGGAACGAUUUUACAUCAAAGUUACGAUGGCUUCUGUUAAGUUUUUCCUUGCUGUAGGAAUACAGUGCCUGUAGUUUACCUUGCUGUAGAAGUACAGUCUCGAAUAUUAUAACAGAGAAAUCUAAAUUAAAGAAAGGCGUAAUGUUUGUGUACAUUUUCUACCAAAAUGUAACAUUAAACAUUUUAAGUGUAAGUACAUAUAAUUAAAAAACCGUUAAAACCACUAGCAGUUGUUGGAGUAUAUAUAUCUGCUGUUAAAUGUAUUUCAUGUUGAAGCUGAUUCCGUCGAAGUUUUGAAUACUGUUAUAAUUUUGUAAAUUAAAAAUAACCCAUUGUGAUGUGAUGGAUUACGAGUGGGAAGGCAUGUCUAUUUGAUGUGUAGUGCUGUUGUUUUAAAUUUCAUUUAAGUUUUGUUUCCCUAUAAUGAUAAUAUUUCAAAUUGUUUAUUGACUAGUAAUGCAGUGCUGACGGCAUAGUUGUGUUGAAUACUUCUGUAUAUUUACUUCACAAACUGUAGCCUUCUUCAUGUAAUGCUUUCACAUUUCCAUUCUUCCAUAAAAGAACUACCAGUUUAUAUGGAAAGAGCAUAUUUGCAUAAGAUAAAAAAGCAAAAGAACUAAUGUCUAUUUAUCAUAUAUGAAUUUAUAGUGCAUGGUUUUCUAUAAAUUACAGUUAAAUAUGUUGAUACAUAAAAUAUUUAUGUAAACUAUUUUUUCUACCAUAAUUGUAACCUUUCAAAAUGACAAAUUAAAAUAGUGAUUUUCUUUUUGAUAGGCUUAAAAUAUGUACAUCAAUGGUGUAUAUCAAUCUAUAUAUAAUAUUAAUUUUGAUAAUUUUGAUAUUUUAUUAGAUAAUCGGUCGGUGUAUAGGCUGUCAAUCUGAGUAUCAUCCGACGUAAAACACAACAAAUGAGUUCUUGUGUUAUAUCCAUUGAUAUCAUGAGAAGUAGACUGAAGGCUUUUUAAGGUAUAGAAAUAUUGUUAAAUAUUUAUUAGUGGAUUACACCGUUGAACUGGGCGAAAUAAAAACCUUAAUAUUUGUAAUUUAACUUGAAGUACUAUUUCUUGAUACAUAUUAUUUAUAGCUUUUAUUCUAUAAUACACGGAGUCAUCUUUUGGAAAGUUCUAAAAUGUUCAAAAGAAACUAAAUGUAUUUGUUUUAUAUCUUAUAUUUGUCUAAAAACAGGAAUACAUUUAAAUAUGAAUUAUUUUACUAAAAAUUCAAUUCCUUUUAUGACGUCUUUUUUGACAUUGAAAGUUACAGACAACAUCAAGGCAAUUUUUUUAACUUACAGUAAUUCCAUUUUAUGUAUACCUAUAAUAUAGAAGUAAACAUUUCACAAGUCCCUGUGUGGAAAAAAACCCUGUCAUUUGACGGUUGGACUGGGUUAACAGUUGAACUGUAACAUAAUAGAUUUUGUACAAAUUGUUUCUUGUUGAAGUUAAAAGUUAAAAAGUGUUACUAUUUUGUUACCUUGUUUUGUAUUUGAAUUAUAAUGAAAUUCCAGUUUGAACUUUUUUAGCUAUACAUUAUGUUUGUGUACAGUUUUAAAAAGGUAUGGCUAUCAUAAUGUUAGUGAUUGGAAUACAGUGACAAUGUUAUAUUGGCAACGACAGAAUCACUGCUACAGUGUUAUAUGGUGCUAGAAUUACUAGCAGGGUUGAAGAUUUUGACUAUUAUAUUUAAGGAAUACCCAGGGAAUUGGCACCAAAAUGGGGGAGUAGGGGAUAUAUUAUAUAUGUUUUUUUUCCCUCAACAUUAAAAUAGAUGAAUUCUGGAUUAUAUACAUGUACAUGUACUUGCACAUUCUUUAGGUCAAAUUUUAAAGCAGAAUCUGGUCAAAUGACUAUUAAUUCCCUCAUUAGUUACAUUAGUUUCAAAAACAUUAACAAAGCAGAAUUUGAAACAUUAUUGCAACAUAAAGCAGAAUUUUGACAAAUAAUGACUUUUUGACAGUGCUUUUAUUAUGGUAUUUGGGAAUUUACAAUCUUUUAACUCUAAGGGUAUUUAUAAUAACGUACAUAUAAAUCUGACGAUUUUUUUUAGCCUUAAUAACCCUGUACGGCAUUGUUGGCAUUAUACCUCAUAAUCAGUGAUUUGCCAGUUUUGUUUACUAACUUAAAAUGCAGCUGUUACACCAAACAACAAGAAAAGAAUACCUGUAUUUUUCUCAGCGUAUAUGCUGCCUGGAACAUGUUAUUUUGUUUACUGAAACAUUAUCAUUUGUAAAGCUGGAAUUGUCCAUACGGGUGUUUUUUUUUUUUUUUAAUUGAAAAUAGAUAUUUCAAAUUAUUUAUCACAGUUAUCCUGUUACAAUGUCAUAACAUCAUAGAUAGAUCGUGGUACAUGUCGUAACACCUAGCAGAGCUGUUAUAAAUUAUUGGCUAUAAGUCUUCUGUGACAUCACAUCUUUGAGUCAAAAUGUUGAUGUAUUUCAGAUUUCAAAUCAGCACAAGAAAAGAAAAAUAUAAGUUAUUCGACAAACAGAAAUCAAUUGCUAUUAUAUAGGAGAUUAAUGAAUUCAAUGUUUGUCUUGCUGCAAUAAAGUAGUGGAAGAGAGACAAAAGUGUUUCUCGGCAGAACAGAAGCGUCCACAUUGAAACUCUUUUUAAAAAUCAUUAUAUAUACAUGUACAUGUAUUAUGGACAUCCAUUACAUAACCAAAAAUUAUCAAAAGAACAAGUGAACAUCAAGUUUUCAGUUAACAUCUGACAGGUUCCUUCACUGGGACUACAGUAGGUAUAUUCUGCUUGUUCCACUUCAGAGAUUUUAGAUUCUGCCUUGAUGAUCAUCAGUUUUACAAUUUCAUGAUGUGCAUUAAGCAAAAGAGAGGGGUCAAAAUACGAAAACUACUAAAAUCAUGAUUGAUAAAAUCGAAUCUGUUUAUAACGACCUGCCCCAUAUAACUUCAUGGAAAAGUUACUUUUUCAAAAAGUAAUGUUGAGAACUCAACAACUUGUAACCUGUUGAUAUUAAAAGCCUGUGUGGUAAUGAAGAAUCUUAAUCAUGUAAUCAGUACUAUUAUAAGUGCUUUAUUCUGUGUAAAUCAAAGUACUGCAAUUCAGCUUUGCUCAAUUUUAAAUACUGAUUCUAAUAUUAACAUGUGGCCAUAUGUAGCUGUUGGAAGAUGUGCAUUAGGCUUCCAGGAGUAUUGUAUGUAAACCUAUCAUGAAAUGAAAUCUGUCUUCACCUGCCAAAUAACCAUCCAUGACUGAUAGCAUACAACUCAUAAGUUAUCUCUGUACUCCCACACCGACAAGAACCGUUUGGUUUCAGUUGUAUUUUUCAUGUGAAGAGUUUAUAAUUAUGAACAGUUGUGUACAUUGAUUUUUUACAAGUAAGUUAGUAGUUUAUGUCAUGAGGAUUAAUCCUGGAAGGGAAAUAAAUGGUCUUGUUCUGAUAA